GCAUCAUCAUCAUAACACGGAAGCAGUCGACAGACGGAAAAGUGAGGGAGUGGGGGGGGGGCACGAGCGGCGCAGACACGCGGCGCACAGGCGCAGACAGGCCGAAUAAAACCGAACGGAUCAAGAAGACCGACGAGGCGGCUGAAACCGGGAGCCGGAAGACGGAGACCAGGUGAACCGGGUCCACGAGGACGGAGCGCGCGCCGGCGUCAUGGCGCUGAUCCCGUCGCAGGUGCUGCGGGUCGCCAUCCUGCUGUCCUACUUCUCCAUCCUGUGCCACUACAAGGCGCUGGACAUGCCGGCGCACCAGACCUACGGCGGCAGCUGGAAGUUCCUGACCUUCAUCGACCUGGUGAUCCAGGCCGUGUUCUUCGGCCUGUGCGUCCUCAUCGACGUGUCCUGCCUGCUGACUAAAGGAGGCGACAGCAGGGAGCAGGAGCGCCAGCUGAGGAAGCUCAUCGGCCUGAGGGACUGGAUGAUGGCCGUGCUGGCCUUCCCCGUCGGAGCGUUUGUGGUGUUCACCUUCUGGAGCCUCUACCUGUACGACAGGGAGCUGGUCUACCCCCGACUGCUGGACAACUUCAUCCCCCAGUGGCUCAACCACGGCAUGCACACCACCGUUCUGCCCUUCAUCAUCAUCGAGAUGCGGACCACCAACCAUCGGUACCCCAGCCGGUCGUGGGGUCUGGCGGCCGUGUGCUGCUUCGGCGUGGGAUACAUCCUCUGGACGUGUUGGGUGCACCAGGUGACGGGCGUGUGGGUGUACCCGGUGCUGGAGCGCAUCACUCCGCUGGCUCGAGCCAUCUUCUUCAGCGCGAUGACGGCGGUGAUUUGUGUUUUCUACACCCUCGGAGAAAUCCUCAACAGCUACAUCUGGGACAAUCCACACACAGAAAAGGUCAAAGGUGAGUGAACACCUCUCGGCUGCGCGGCCGUCAAAGAGGACGAGUUGAGCCCCACCCGCCCGGGACGGCACGAGAACGGAAAACAAGCGACCUCUCCGGAAGGGGGGGGGGAAGAAUAACACUGUUUACCUUUUUGAGCUAUAGCCAAUAACAACAACAUAGGAACAAAAACUAAUCAGCAGUUACAUGUAAAUAUACCGUCUGGCUUUAUGUGGAGGUCAACACACACACACUCUGCUUUUCUGUAAUCUGCUUUUCUGGUAUGAAUUACUGUGACAAUACUGAUCAAUAAUGUGUUAAACGUUAUUAUUGUUAAUCUAAUGAGUCGCACUACAUGUAUGGAAGAAACUAGACGUUGGUACAAAAUCAAUAAAGCUUGAAUGGAAACCGUU